GUCGUGACGUCAGAGGAAGGCGACGUGCGUUGCCAUGGAGGCGGUGGGCGCCGGGGAGGAGGAGGCGGACGAAUGGCUGCUCCAGUCCCUGCGCCUGUACGGGGACCUGCACACCUUCGAGCUCCAAGCCCCCACCCGCCUGAUCGAAUGGGCCCGGGGGAACCGUGUGUGUGUAGCCGGGUAUGGACAGUCUGGAGGGAACGAGAUCCUGCAGCUGCUCCCACCACCAUCCCUGCAGGUGAAGGAGACCCAGGGCCUGUGUCCGGAGAGAGAUUUCAAGGUGGAAUGUGGUGGAUUUUCCAACCGCCCGGUCUACAGCUUGAAAUACGUACCGGACACCAGCUUGCUGGUGACGAGUGGGCCACCAGACAGCUCCCUCCAGGUCUGGCAGGUGUCAGCAGAAGACUCUGAUGUUAUUAAACCUGUAAGUGCCAUAGUUCCGGAAAAUGGCACAGGGCAACUUUGGGCAAAAAUUGCCACAAUUUCAGCCAGAGCCCCCUGGGUCCUUCACGGCUCGAAACUCGACAACGUCCAAGUUACAGAGGUCGAAUCGAGGAAAAAUGUCUACGUGGCAGCCUCCAGAAGCAGUGAGGAGCUCGGUGGCCUGGCCUUCCUGGACCCUGACACGUUGCUCCUCUGCUCUGCUGAGGGUCGGUUGUUCCUGGCAGACCUUCGGCAGCCACGGGGUCCCUUGGAGGCCGCGUCCAUCCCCUGGGCGCCGUGUGGGGAGCGUUGGUGCAUGGGGGUUGGGCAUGGACCUCCAGGCUCUGACUUGACCUCCCAGCCCAUAGUUUGCCUCUCGAGUGGGGGCCACCUCACCCUCACCGACGUAAGGAAAACCUCCGAGUCUUUGGCCACGGUGAAGUGUAGGGUGCCCUCAGCCAGCUCCAGUGGGGAGUUCCUCUGCGUCUCCUGGGCUCCAGCUCUGGAAAGCUGCCUUGCUGUCUCAGGUUUCGACGGGACGGUGCGGGUCUUCGACACCUGGGGCUGGGAGGGCUCGGGCCUGGAGGUAGAACCCAUCUUUGUUCAUCGAGGCCACGCGUUGGGUGGUUGCAAUGGUGGUGGAGACCUUCCUUUGGUGACAACCCACACGUGGCACCCCCAGAAGGCCAGGACUUUGCUGUCAGCAGCCAGCGACGGUUCCCUCCACGUCUGGGACUGGGUUCAACCCGGCGGCGACCGCGGGUAGACGAGACCUUUUUCUAUUUUUUUGGGGGGGUGACGUUUCCUGUCUGCGUUGGCGGAGGCCGCGAGGUGGAAGUGGCCCGUUUCCACCCCCCAGAGAACGUUUUGGGGGCAGUUUUAGUAAAAAGA